ACCAGCCACUCCAACCUGUGACCACGCCUGCUGCUCCAGCCAUGACAUCCUGUGUGGUGUAGGGGCGAAGCUCUCUGCUCCUCGCUUUGUUUGGACUGGAUGACACAUUUCUGAAAUGGCUGAGGAGAUAUUAAUUCCAAUGCCGGGGAAAAUCUCUUCGCACCUGACUGGCUCUCUGUUAGCGGUGGCGUUCCUCUCAUCCUUUGGGAGCUCCAUGCUCUAUGGCUACAACCUGGCUGUGGUGAACUCCCCUGCCCUGUACAUAAAGGAUUUCUACAACAAGACAAUGUUGAAGAGAGGUGGAGCCGGGUUCAGCGGGGAGAGCCUCACACUCAUGUACUCUCUCACUGUGUCGGUCUUUGCUAUUGGGGGUCUGCUGGGCUCACUCAUCGUGGGCAUGCUGGUCUCUCGCUUUGGCAGGAAGGGUACCAUAGUGAACACAACGGUGCUGGUGUUCAUUGCUGGAGCUCUAAUGGGCUUCAGUAGAGUCUGUGACUCACCUGAGAUGAUCAUGCUCGGUCGCUUCAUCACAGGAAUUCACUCAGGCAUUGCUUUAAGUGUGGUACCAAUGUAUCUGGGUGAAAUAGCACCUAAAAACCUGCGGGGCUUCCUGGGUCUGGUACCAAGCAUCUUCAUUGGAACCGGAGUCUUUGCUGCCCAAAUCCUCGGCCUACAUGAGCUUUUAGGAAAGGAGGAGCACUGGCCCCUCUUUCUGUCUGUGGUGGUGAUACCAACAUUCAUACAACUGCUGCUGUUGCCUUGGUUCCCAGAGAGUCCCAGAUACCUGCUGAUUGAGAAGCGUAAUGUCCAUGCCACCAUCACAGCACUGAAGUGGUACAGAGCCAAGUGCAACAUCCAGGCAGAGAUUGAAGAGAUGCAGGAGGAGCAGCGCUCCCUGUCGUCAGUGGACACACUGUCUGUUUGGAAGUUGCUGCGGGACAACACGGUCCGCUGGCAGGUGCUCAGUGUGGUGGUCAUCAACGUGGGCAUGCAACUCUCUGGCAUUGAUGCUAUCUGGUUCUACACCAAUGAUAUCUUUGAGAAUGCAGGCGUCCCAGCCCCAGAGAUCCAGUACACCACAGCAGGAACAGGAAUCAUAGAAAUCAUCGCUGGACUCGUUGGGUGUUUCACCAUAGAGAGACUAGGAAGGAGACCUCUCAUGAUCGGGGGCUUUGCUAUAAUGGGAAUUUGCUGUGUCGGAAUCACGUUGACUCUCAUUUUACAGGCUCAGUUUUCAGUCAUGCGCUACGUAAGUGUCGGCUGUGUGGUCGGAAUCAUCGCUGGCUUCUGUAUCGGUCCAGCGGGGGUUCCCUUCCUGGUCACGGCAGAGCUCUUUAAGCAGUCCCAGCGGCCGGCAGCCUACAUCAUAGGGGGGUCACUCAACUGGCUGUCUAACUUCACUGUGGGCUUCGUCUUCCCCUUCCUACAGAUGUCAGCGGGGGCCUACUGCUACUUGGUCUUUGCCUUCGUUUGUCUGUUCGUGGCUGUCUACGUCUACGUUGUGAUCCCAGAGACCAAAAACAAGACCUUUAUGGAGAUCAGUCGCAUGUUCUCCAAGAAGGAGGCGGUGCUGGAGACCCAGGGCCUGAUUCACGUGGACCAGCUGAAGCUGAGGAAGAUAAAUGGCUAUGGUGGCAUGGAGCAUGCCUCGCUGGAGUUUGACAGCUCUUCUUCUGCACCUUAACACUGAGGCUGAGCGUUUCACCAGGACUGCACAGUUGCUCCUGCCUUUCUCUUCUGGGUUUCUCUGUUGUGAUAUUGCACACAUUUACUAAACACCACCUAAAAUUUUGGUGGGUGAAGCUGGACUUUUCACUUGGAUCACACUCAGGUUCAGUGGCUGCUGUUUACACAGUUCAGUUUGUGGUUGUGGUGCUUGUAACAUCGUAGCAGUUCAUGAUUGAGUUUAUUUGAGCCAUUAAAGGAACAUUCCGUCCAAUGAA